GGCGGGGGAAGGCAGAGAGAGUGAGAUGACCGUCGGAUCCAUCCAACACGUAAGAUAUGGGACACACAGCUACCCCAACCAUGAGCAUAAAUCUUCCCCAUUACCCCUCUCGAAACAACGCGCAGACGGACACUACACGCUGGAGUAGAGUAGAGUAUAUUCCAGUAUCGUACCAAUCGAUGCCAACAUGGCACUUGCUGGGGCAGGCUGGGUCCCGCAAUUCAAACUCCGAAUGGAAGGCCGACAAGUCAACUUUUCCUUGUCUUGUCCGUUAUUUUAAAUAAGGGGCACGAAUAAUGAAUGAAAUCAAGAUAAAUAAAUUACCGGUAUCCAAUGGGCAGCCUGCUUCCAGGCAUUCGGGAGGCUGCACGAGAGAUUUCCCUUCCGCUUCGCAAAUGAACCGUGCAGUGUGCUUGAGCAUUAUCCAGCGCAGGAGAACCGUUCGUCGUACUGUACUGCCGUAAUCAGUAAUCACAGUCCCUUCAGAGACAAACAAGUACCGGUACCGUUUUUUCGCACACAAUUGCCCCGACAUAGUAUACCACUUAUUCAUCGCCCCCGCCCUCCGCUACUUCCCCCCUUCCCCCUUCCUACUGCUCCUAUAAAAAGAGGGGUAGUUCGGGGAAGGGGAAAGAGAAGGAGAGAGAAAAAAACUCAGCAAUCCUCGGUUCGCUCGCCAACUUUGAACCAAAUCGAACUUACGGGAGGGAAGAGUUAAAAAUAAAUAAAAAAAAAUAAAAAAGGCAUUAUCCUCAGACCCCACUUUCUACUUUUUGCGUGGUCAAAAACCCGCUAACCCCACAAUUCAUCAUUUGACAGAAUCGCCCUAAGCCAAACUCUUCCAACCGAUUCUGUCCCCUUUGAACUCCGCAGGACAGACAUGCAAAAAUCAGGCCGAGGCGGAAGAGGAGGCUCUGGGGGCGAACCGACCGAAAUCAUUUCCGAAGCCUGGAUAAAACAGAUUAAAGAAUUACGCCCUGCUCCCAAAACCGCAUCGACCAAAGGCUGGGAUAUCCCUCCUCCACGAACUUAUCCAAUCCCCUUCUGGGUAGAAAAGCUUAAUAUUGACCUUCCACGAUGGAUGUUCGACACUCAGGGGAACCUCCUAGAUGACCUAAGGUUCGACGAUUAUGGUAAAGGCUACACGUGUGAUAUUUACGAAG